AUGAUGGAACAGCUGAAGGUCGCGUUCUCAGCCUACCGCAACGAGGAUCGCUUCGCUGACUUCACCGUCGUCUACGGCGACAAGAAGUGCAGACUCCACCGCUGCUUCAUCGCCGCGCACUCGAAGUGGUUUGAGCGCUGCUUGUCCGGAUCUUUCAGCAAAGACACCGAGUGCGUGAUCGAGCUCAAGGAUGGCCAGCCAGAGGCCGUCGACCGCAUGAUCCAGUACUUCUACGACUUCGACUACGAUGGCGAUCUUGGAAACGACAGUAUCGCAGAGCGGAAACCAUACCAGAAGAAAGCGGUUGACAACGUGCAGCUGCACGCGCACGUCUACGAGAUCGCCCACAAGUACGAGAUCCCGGAGCUCAAGACCCUCGCUCUGACCAAGUUCAAGCAAGCCUCUGCACCUGUGCUCACCAACGGGAAUCAGAUGCUCGGCGCAGCCUACACAGUCUACAAGUGUAUCGAGCUUCCUGAUCACGACCGCACACUUCCAGGUUAA